AUGGACCAGUUGGCUUCAAUCACUGCUUGGACUCCAAGUUCAACCAACACUCCAACAACUACUAGUUUGAAAAGUGUCGCAACCACAGCACAGUCGGCUUUAGAACUGAGUUUGUCAGCAGCAUUACGUGAUUUUAGUAGUUAUGGAACCAAAAUCAACAAUGAACAAUACGUGAGUGCAUCCAGAGCUAUUCGUGGAGCACAAGCUUCGUUAUCAAUCAUUUCAGCUGAACAUGUGUUAGCAACAGCCACUGCCGACAAUAUUAAAGCACAAGCUACUGAAUUGAUUUGGAAUCUGACGCAAAACUUGGAUGACUUGUGGUGGGAUGAAAAUGUUUAUGAUAUUCGUCGUCUUACUCGUCCGGGAAACAUUAUCUUUUUGGUGGUUUUUGCCAUCUCCUUCUUGUGGUAUAUUGUCAUAUUAGCCAAGUCAAGAUACUGGUGGUUCAAUGUCGCCUUCUUUUGUGGUGCAGCUUUGGAAUUUUUGGGGUUCCUUGGCAGAGUUUUGUCUUUUAACGACAUGACAUAUUUUCCUUACUAUUUGUUGCAGUUGAUUGUUUUGACUAUAGCGCCAGCUUUCAUCAUGGGUGGAAUAUAUUUCUUGCUAGGGCAAUUGGUUAUAAUCCAUGGCCGUCAAUUUUCUGUGUUAAAGCCACUAUGGUAUGCCUAUAUAUUCAUUGCUUGUGAUAUCACAUCAUUGGUUAUUCAAGCUAUUGGUGGUGGAAUUGCUAGUGUGCGAGCUGAAAAUUAUGAAAAUGCUGAUCCUGGUACAUACACCAUGAUUGCUGGUAUUGCUUUCCAGGUAUUUUCCAUGUCAAUUUACAUCAUCUUUUGGACAAUUUUUCUUUGGAAAAUUUAUUUCCCGAAAACUGACAAGUAUCCUUCUCAAUUGGCGUCAGAAAAGAGUGAUCUUGUUGAUCCACAACAAGUAUUAAAACCAAGUGUGAAAAACUUUUUCAAGUUGCUCAUCAACUCAAAGAAAACCGCAGAAUACAAAAGGAAUAUUUUGGAGCCAUAUUACAACCCCAAGUAUGCUGACAUUAGGCUGAGAAAGAUGUACGAUUACUUUCCCUUGGCAGUUUCUUUAGCCAUUAUUGCCGUUUUUGUUCGUUGUAUUUACAGAGUGGUUGAAUUGGCACAAGGGUUCAGUGGUUACUUGAUUACUCAUGAAGUUUACAUUAUGUGUUUGGAUGCUCUCAUGUUGUUUAUUGCUUUGUACAUGUUUAUUCCUUUCCACCCACACAUUGUUUUCGGUGCUAGUAAUAUCAUUAGGUUGGGCGAUAUUAAGGGAAACACUGAUGAGAAAAUAGAAGAGGAAGUAUUAUACCCUGUAGAUGACGGGUAUGACAGCAAUGCCACGAGAAAGGGCACUGCUGUUGGAAGCCCAUAUGGGGAAACACAAGAUCUCGAGAAGCAUGGUAGUGAAACGUCUUACAAGGCUGAUCUUGGGGAUGCAAAUCAUCAAGCCUCUUAUCCAAUAGAGAGUGAUUACACACCACAAGGCAUUCAUUCUGCUAACAACAGUCAUAUACCACGUGAUUCAUACCCAUUAGAAAGCAGAGAGGAGUAUCAUGAUGCCUAUGGUACAAGACAUAGGUAA